CAACAACAAGAGGGAAGAAACGAAACAAGACAAGACAAGAAAGAGUAUUCUCAGUGGUUACGGAAAUCACAAUUUGGAUAGACAUUUUAGUUUAUAACUACUGUAAGACUUAGGUGGUGAUAAUGUACUGUUAAGACAGAGCCUGAAUUUCCCAAUGUUAUGAUGGUGCCUGAAACAUACCUACCUCGUUGUUCUGAAAAGUAUUUUGGCAUUUUUCCACCAAAUUUGUUUCUGUGUGUUGACAAUCUUCACUGCAUGCAUUUUAUACUCUGCCUGAAGCAUAUAAAAGGUGCCGAACUAAAAGAUCUUAUUGAACUUCUGCAACACUGCGGAGCCUACUUGAGUUUCAGCCUUCGAGAUGCUACUGACUACUCAGCAAUUAUUGUAGAUCACAAUGAAAUAAUUGAUUUUAAAGCUCCUGCAUUUACAAUAGAAUAUUUAGAAGAAUGUUUAAGAGAGUCACAACUGCUGCAAAUCUCUGACACACGGUUUAGACAAGCGACUACGAGCCAUAUAGCACGUGAUGUUGACUGCAUGAAAGUGGUUUUCUUCCGUCAAUGUUCUUGGGAUGCUGUAUUGUCGGAUGCUGAUAAAAAGUGGUUUGAAACGGAAAGUAUAAACAAAACAAUGGAUGUUUUCAACCCACUAGUUUCCUCUACCUGUAUUGGUAGUCCGACUUCCCCAGAGGAACGAAUUGAACCUCGAACUAUACCGGAAUCAAGCGAGGCUGAACAACCCUCUGCAUCCAACAACCAAAGCCACAAUUCCAAACAGGUUAUGCUUUCUGAUGACGAUGAUUCUGAUUUAACAGAACCAGAAACAAUGGAAGUUGAUGAAACCCAUGAAAAAGGCGAACAUUUAAACAAAGAUCUAACUUGUGAGGUGAACGGGCCAAAUAGUCCAAAAGAAGAUGAAGAGGUUGACGACUCAAAUCGCCCAAAUUGUUCAGGUUUUGUGUGUUUAGCUACAUCACAGCAAAAUGAAUCUGGAAAGAACAAAAGAUCCAAAGAAACAGCAUCUACGUCAAACCAGCCUUCAAAAAAAUGGGCGUUCUUAGACGAGUUUCAUCCAACUAGUGAAAGUGAUGAUGAAACUUCCAGUUCUGCAGCAGCAGAAAAUAAGAGGAAGAAGGAAGAGGAAGUGAAAAAGAAGAAGUUGGAAACGUUUUUCGACUUUGAUUGUAGUAAGGAAGACACACAAAAACCUACCAAAGAUGCAAAACACUCAAGAUUACCUUAUUCAUACAAUGAACAAGCAAACAUCCUUAAGUACAUCACUGUUAAUUGUGAAUACGCAAGACUAAAAGGACGGGAGUUGUGGAUGAUAAUGGAGAGACGGAAUAUUUGCCCUAAUAGGACAUGGCAGAGCAUGAAGGAACAUUUUGUCAAGAAAAUUAUUACGAAUAUCGAAGCAUUUGACUUCUUAACAGAAAGUGAUAAACUUAAAUUGAAGACCUCUUUUUACUGAAGCAUUACCAUCUUUUAAAACAACAAAAUAGUGUGUAUAUUGUCAUUUAUUAAACAAAUUAUUAAAAUUAUAUCUCUUUUAUUUCAUGUGUUAAAACAAUAAAGAA